AGGCUUCUGCAGGGAAGUGAGUGCGGCGAACAUGGCUGAAGACUGUUCGGGCGUCCCAACGUGCAGUGGGAUGGGUGGCCGGCAGGACCCGGUCCCCAGCCCUGGAGGCUGCAAUUUCCCAGAGUACGAGCUUCCCGAGCUAAACACGCGCGCUUUCCACGUGGGCGCCUUUGGGGAGCUAUGGCGGGGCCGUCUGCGCGGGGCCGGAGACUUGUCGCUAAGGGAGCCUCCGGCAUCCUCGCUGCCCGGGAGCAGAGGGUCCGCUGAUUCUGACCUGGAGGAUUCCGCAGUGGCCCGGGAUCUGGGCUGCAGUCUGGAGGCAGCGGCCGAGCUAAGGAUGGUUUGCGGCCUUGAUAAACUGAAAUGCCUUGAAGAAGGUGAGGAUCCAGAAGUUAUUCCAGAGAAUACUGACCUGGUGACUUUGGGGGUUAGAAAGAGGUUCCUGGAACAUCGGGAAGAAACCAUAACGAUAGAUCGUGUUUGCAGACAAGAAAUAUUUGCUUAUGAGAUGGAGUCACAUGCUAUGGGGAAAAAACCUGAAAAUUCAGCCGACAUGAUUGAGGAAGGAGAGCUUAUCCUGUCUGUGAAUAUCUUGUAUCCUGUUAUAUUUCAUAAGCACAAAGAACACAAACCAUACCAGACGAUGCAGGUCCUGGGCAGUCAAAAGCUUACUGAACUGAGGGAUUCGAUUUGCUGUGUCAGUGACCUCCAGAUUGGUGGAGAGUUCAGCAACACUCCUGACCAAGCUCCUGAGCACAUCAGCAAAGACCUAUACAAAUCAGCUUUCUUCUAUUUUGAGGGAACAUUCUACAAUGAUAAAAGAUACCCAGAGUGCAGAGAUUUGAGCAGAACUAUCAUUGAGUGGUCAGAGUCCCAUGAUAGAGGAUAUGGAAAGUUUCAGACAGCUAGAAUGGAAGAUUUUACCUUCAAUGACCUGAAUAUUAAGCUGGGUUUUCCUUACUUAUAUUGUCACCAGGGAGACUGUGAACAUGUUGUUGUCAUUACAGACAUAAGGCUUGUACAUUAUGAUGACUGUCUGGAUAGAACACUUUAUCCCCUUCUUACCAAGAAACACUGGCUAUGGACCAGAAAAUGUUUUGUUUGUAAAAUGUACACAGCUAGAUGGGUGACGAACAGUGACAGUUUUGCACCAGAGGACCCAUGUUUCUUUUGUGAUGUUUGCUUCCGAAUGCUCCACUACGAUUCAGAAGGCAACAAACUGGGGGAAUUCCUUGCUUAUCCUUAUGUUGAUCCUGGAACCUUUAAUUAAAAACAGGUCCAAAUAUUUAGAAAAUGCUAAA